CUCCCGUGCUCCUGCCUUUCGGGUCCUGUGCUGGCGGCGGAGCCUGGUGGCACGAGUUGGACGGUAAAGGUGAGCCCGUCAGGGUGAGAUACCUGCGGGAAGGAAGGGGCUCACCGGUUCGCGCUGCCAGGAGCCACUGACAACAGAAGGAGGGGCUCUCUCGCUCCCCAAGAUCUUGGCGUCCCCGGUCGUUGUCUGCAGCAGGCUGUCCUUGCCUGGCACCUGAGGGGAGGGCAGGAGCAGGCUUCGUAGGUCCUCAGUCGUAGCCCAAGCUGAGCAGCUUGGUGUUUGGGCACAUUCCUCAGUGUAGCCUUGACAGUAGCUGCUGUGAGUGCUGGAACCCACCAGUGGCAUCCUGGGGCAGGUGGUUGCGAUUCUCUGGCCUUUGCUGAAAAAGGUGUUGAGACAGUAUCCGUAUCUUUCCAGGUCGCUCAGGGCAAGGAAACUGCUGCAGGUCUGGGGUAAACACUUUAUAUCCAUUUGCUAUGUCUCUGAGCACCGUUUGGGAUUUGGGUCUGGGUUCUUAGGGAGUUUCAGGUCUCCUCCAUGACCAUUAGCUCUUCCUUCCUCUGAAGCAAGGCAUUCCUCUGUAAUUUCUGUGGUUGGGUUCCUUCAGUUUUGGCUACACUUCCUGCAGGUGGAGCUUCUGAGCAGCUCAGCAUCUUCGAGUUCUUCAUCCCUUUCUUUUACAGCCUCACUCUGAAGAUUUGCUUGAUAAGGAAACUCCAUUUGGUCUGGUCGUAUUCAUUGAGAAAGCAAGUUUUGAUAAAUAUCAGGCACCGCGUGCUUGUUCGUGUGUAGGGGAUGGUGAGUCAAUGACUCUCCCUUGCCCGUGGUCUGUCAGAGAGGCUGUACCAUCACUGAUAAACGCCUGCUUGCUUGUAUCCUGGGGGCAAAACCACCAGGCGUUGAAAAGCCAAGCAGAGUGAGUGCAUUGGACAUGUUUUCUCCACGGUCUGACAGAAGCAGUAGUACCUACGGUUGCAUGGGCAGCAGCUAAGCUAAAUGAGAGCAGAUCGUGUAAGGAGUUUUCAGCAUCCUCUUCACCUCUUCUCUUCAGGCUGCUCUCCAAGCUGAAUGCAGUCCGGGCAGACAAACCGCUGUGCUGAAGGCAGGAGGGAGGAUUUCAGGACAGGCUGACUGGGGCACACUUUUACUUUCAUGAAAUGACAGAGCUACCAAGCACAUGGUGUUCUUAGCUUCUAACAAGACUGUUUCCUGGAUGGAAACAAACCGUCUGACUGCUGAGGACUGGACCUAAUGGCAUGACUGUUUUCUGAGAGUCCCAGCCGUGAAGCUGUCUGUGCUGUACUGGGGACAAGGGGGAUGAUUUGUUAAAAGCAGAUGCAUUACUGUGAUUAGAAAUGGACUUAGCUUGGCAGGAAACACUUAAGAAGGCUGGCAAAGAGACUGCUUGGCCCUCUCAUGCAAGAUUUCUCCAGAAGUAAAGAAGCACUAAAGGAGAUACUCUGUUCCUUCGAAACAACUGCAGCUGCUGGUGAGAAGCAGCAACACUGUGCAACAAACGAGGAAACCACUUCCAGGUUACCAAAACAUGCCGUUGAACUGAAUUUUGCAGCUGCAUUUUCAAAUGUACCAUGGGAUGCAUCAAAUCCAAGGAUGCCUUUCCGGGUUCAAACGCCAUCCUGGUUGAAGGGAGCAGGGAAGGUAACGAAGGAUGCACUGGGGAGAAAUCAUCACUGAUAGCAGUGAUGGCGGACGAGAAAGGUCCAUCGAGCACCAUAGUGCUGGACUAUGCACACCGUCUCUCCCAUGAGAUUCUUGAUCAGGCGGUGAAACAGUGGGCAGUGACGGAAAGCAAAUACAGCGACAUUCCCUUUAUCGAGAGCGAUGUGCCCUGAGCCUUCAUUCACAGUGCGUGUCCUGUCUGCUGAGCAGUUUUAUUCGGUACUAGUGCAAAUAAAGUAAAAUCAGCUGUGACUUGAGCAUAGUGCCACUAGCUGAAUGCGUUUGCAAGGAGAGGCUGGAAAAAAUGCCUUUUAAACUAUAUUGCUAAGAAACUACUUGGAUUACACUAAAAUCUGUUAAUCAAGUGUUAUUUGUUAUCAGCCGUAAGUUGAGUGUAGUCUGUCUUCAUGUUGAGUGUGAUCUGAAAUAAUUCUUAAAAAAAGAGGAGGAAAAUAAUGCAGCUGCCUUGCAGCUGAACAAGUACUGCCACAGAGGCCCCCAAAGAUGCUUAAGAACAAAGCCCGGAUUAUUUUUAUGUACUACAUAAAAAAAGUAUGGCCUGUUUGUAGGUGAAAGUAAGGACUGUAUGCUUGGCAAAUUUGUGUUCUGCUAAAGUGAAACCAGGUUCUUCUAUGUAGCAAAGAUAACUGCUGUUGUAAAUUUUACUUUUGAUUCUUUGACCAGACUAAGCCUGUAAACCACAAAAUAAUGAAGGUGAUAAGAAGCAUUUUAUAAAACCAAAUAGUAUUCAGGGAACCAUAUGGAUUAUGAUACUUCUCAACUUCCAUUCUGAAUAGAACCAGUGAGAAACAUUACAAUAUUGAUAAACAGUGCAUUAUAAUUAACAGAUGCUCUGGCUUCUGUACAUGCAUGAAGUCUAUUCUCUAGAAUCCCACAGCAAGACAGUUUAACAUCUCAUCACUGUGUUCAAACCAAAGCUGUUUACUUUUUUUGUUACAAUGCUGGGGUUUUGUUUUGCUUUGUUUGUGUUGUUUAUUGUGUUUUGUUUUGUUUUGUUGUGGGUUUUUGGUGUAGCAAUGUUUUAGGAGCAUUUAUUUCAUGGGACUAUGGUGGCAUUACACUGAAAUUUCAUUCUAAUGUAACGCCCUGGGCACAGUAUGCAUUCCUACAGCUCCUGCAGACUCAUCACGUACCCACUGAUAAAACCAUUUGAUGAUGCAAAUACAAACUACAGGAACCUCAAGCCUGAGCAGAGCACUGAGCUAGUGAAUAAGCCUUAGGCCCAACACUAAAGGGCUACUACAUUCUUUAGCGAUUUUAUUGAGCUCGAGUUCUCAUGCUGCACCCUGCUUCUCCAGGACUUGAAGCCUGACCUACUGCGCUCAUAACUGGGAUUUGAUGUACUGAGGAGGAGGUAAAUUAGUCAUUUAAACCUCCAGUGUUGCUGACAUUUUAUACAAAGCACAUGCCUUGUAAGAAGCUUGCUUUUUUUUUUAGCACCUGUUUGCUCCUUUUUCUGUUACAGCCAAUUUAACAGACGUACAUUUUUCCUAGAUCAAAGUGCUUUCCAUUUUAUGUUGUCAUUUUAUAAGAAAAAUAAUGCUUUCCAUACUGGCAAAAACUGUUACUAUUUUUAAAAGGUACACAUAGUUCUAGUAACUGGUACAAAGUAUGAUUUUCAGGCAAUGGUAAGCAAGCAGAAAGAGGUCCGUUUCAAUGGUUAUUUUUAGCUUAUUCUCACACGUGACCUGAGAGGGAACGCGGCUGUUUUCCAAACUUUGUGACACAAACUUCAUUACUUGAAAUUCAUUUAGUGGAGAAGUGGUUGUAUCAGGAGUAAGUGGCAAAAAAUACUUCUUUGUAACACAGCACAAGACUGCCAUUAAUUCACACUGACCAGACUAGACCCUGCUCAUGAAACUGUUCUCAGGCUUUUGCUGAAAAAGGGAAAGAAUCCGCUUAUGUUGUAAUGUCAUCUUCUUUGAAGUCGUAUGUAAAGUGGCCGAAGGCAGUAUGGCUCAUUUAAAUUCUACUGCUAACAGUGGUGUUCCUUUAAGCUCUAAAGCAUGUAGAACGCUGAAUCAUAACUUAUGUUUGCCAUAUCUAAAAAAGCUCCAAGCUAGAUGCAAGAGUGAAUUAAAAAGCAAAAACAAAACACUGGUUUGAUCAGUAGAUGUUAAUUUGAUACCGCUUAAACAGAGUAUUAAUGUUCCUUAUAUAGCUAAAAGAAAGUUUUAUUACAAAAAAGCUAACCUUUUUGCAACAUUAGUGUUAACUCAAGAGCUAAUGCUGCUGAAGACAGUAAUUAAAUGAAAAAUAAAAGGCCCCAACUCCCUUGACGUUUGUCAGCUAGGUGAAUAUAGAUGAGCAUCAGAAAAAUUUACUCACCUAAAUGCACUUGCAAGAUUUAGGUAUGAUCUGCCUUGGCCUGUGCACACGUACCCCAGUGGCUGCCACGGGGAGCUGGAUGCUGCAGGGCUCAUUGCUGCAGCGUCUGGAGCCUUUUCUUUGGGGGUAGCUGUAGCACGCAGCACUUUUCUGCAGCUCCUCCACUGCAAGGCUGCUGCUACAGGGCCCAACAGCAGGCAGAAAUAGAAGGUAAAGUAGCCUACAGGAAAGUUGUAGCAUCCAUACUGAUAAAUACUCAACGUGUCCCCAAAGGAGAAGUUACCUGGGUGUCAUGAAGCAUGCGUGACCAUGAGCUUCCAGCUGGUGUGCGGGCUGUGCGGCAGCUGUGCUGCUUAUCCAGGCAGCCACUGGAAGGAUGGCGUGGUGCUGGUUGUGUCUGCAUCAGUCGCUCACACGCAGCCACAAAGCUCGUCUUCCCUCACGCGUGCUUGAAGACUACAGCAGCUCCAGUACGGCCUGAAGUGCUAGUCCUGCUGGCUUGUGCCUGACACUUCAGGGAGAGCUCACAGCAUGUGGAGAACAAAGCAGCUUACAGAAAACAGGGGGGCAGCUUCCCACCAGGAAAAUAAAUCUUCUACAUGAAACUGUCCUUAGUAAAUAAUGCCAUUAGCCCUAGCAAAAAUAAGUAAUUAAAUCUGUUCGAUGCUACAGCUGGGAGAGACUGAAGGAGAUUUCUUCCCAGAAUUCUGUGGUAUAUUUAAAAGAUGCAAUAGUGACACACAGUAAUAAUAAAAAUAAAGGUUUCUUUACCCAAAUAAAAUUCCAUCUGUCUACUUAUCAUUAGAUUAUUCUCUGGUCUUGUAAAGCCACUUUCUGUGCUAAGUUGCCACCGAUUCUUCAAUUUGAUUUUGUGUAAUAAAGGCAUUCCAGUAUGGGACUGGCAUACUUGGAAAAAAACACAUACUUCUAUUUAGGAGUUAAAAUACAUUUGCUUUCUGUUUUCUCCAUGGAACAAAAGCAUAGUCUGAGUGGGUACUACGUGACUGACUUGAUAUCCUAAUGAUGGUUUAAAACACGUUAACUGCAGCACAACUUUAUAAAAUUGACAUUUCUGUAAUACGGCACAUCGGUACUCCCAAAGAAAACAUACUACAAUAUAUUUUUACAAUAUUUUUUGUGGAAAAUAUUUUCUUGUGGACCAAAUAAAAUUAAAAUGACCAUUCUGCUUGUAAGACUUUUAUUUGAUAAAAAUGCACAGAUUGGACAGGGUCUUGUUACCAUGAGCUUGGGAUAGUUCCCCUUCACAAAAAUUUUGGAAGCAAAUGAACAUGCAAGUUGAUGUUUAUUCAUUCAGAAGUAUGCUUUUGCUAAAGUGUUUUAGGUCCUUUCCAAGCACAGAAGGCAUGAUCCCUAUGACCCUGGGGAUUGCUCUGUUUUCUGUUAUUUAUAGUAGCUGACAAUUGCUGGGUUUGUACAAGAAUAUUGGAAUGAACCAAUUUUGUUUAAAUAAAUUAAAAAUAGCCAUUGUUUAAGAAUGUAAAAUAUUAAAAAAUAAAAAGAAGGGGGAGGUUUACAUUCCUUACAGCACCAAUGAGGUAGAAAUUCAAGUCGUAUUUUCAGAAGUUAUCCUAAAGGUUUUAACAAAGCCUCUCAACUACUUUUGAAAAUAAAUUCAGGGACUAUCUCAUAGCAAAUACGUACAAGGUAACAUUAAAUGGCAGCUGAAAUUUUACCAAUUUUAUCUUAAAGAAUCUAGUGACAAUGCCAAGUGCCAUUUCCUUUCUUGAUUUUGCUCACCUCAGUCUAGAAGUUCACCUUGAUGCUUGAAUUUCCUGAACUUCGUUUCCAGGCAGCAGCUUCUGGGCAGGAAGGAGCCCGAAGCCAGCGCAGACCAUUACUGUUGGAAUCAAAACCUGCCCGAUGUCGAGAACUCCACCGUGGCUCUGCCUUUUUUAAUUCCCCACUGCUGAUAACUGACUGUGUUGAACCAAAGUCUUGUUCCUUUAAUGUCAUUGGUUCAUCUUUCCUAGGUGUUCAGAGCCCAAAUUGUGUAUUUGUGACCUGUCUAUAACUAGAAACAAGUUGCAAGAGAUACUGACUUGAUUAGCCAUAAAAAAAGCGUGCAGUCUUAACACUGAACAAAGAUUUGUAGCUGUGUUGCAUGCACAAUAGAAAAAUUAUUUUCAUCCAAAAAAGAUAAUUGUAUCAAGGGGCUCUGGUUAUGUCAUAUAUAACCAUACAUAUAUGUCACACAUAUGUAAAUGUUAGCAUCACAACCCAGCAACCUUUAGUGAACAUACAGUGAGGGUUUUUUUGCCAACUGUUUAGAUGUUGAUGCCCACAAAUACACUUGCUAGGCUAUGUUGUGUUAAAGAACUACAGGAUCUAUGUAGCAGCAGAUACUUUGUUUUCCACUGCUCUGUAUCAUCAGUUCCUACUGCUUUUCACAAGUUUUCUACCCAGCAGACAGGGACACUUCCAGUUCAGGAUGUUCAUGGAUAUAAAUGAAAGUGAACCCAGACUGGUUGAUACAGCUCAGCUCCAGCCCCCUGCGAUAUUAGGGCUGAGCUCAAAUUUGCAGCAGCAGCAAAUGUUCUCCUUGGCACUGACAAAAGUUCUGAGACAGUUACUGCUUUGCCUGUGAGACCAGGACAGGCUCUAGCAAUGCUUGCAAUCAUAAAAAACUCAUUAUGUAGUUCAAUCAAUGGCAUUAAAAAAAUAAUAAAAAGGUUUGACAAACAAACAGAAACAUGCUGUAGCCUCUGGCAAUAUUAUGACGUUGGAAACAAUGUCUGUAUCACGUGGCAAGACUGAAUACUGACCAAAUGUUAAAUCAAUAGAACAAUUUCUUGCUCUCAGGCUAAUACUAUGUCAGUCUAAUCUUUUAUUUAAAAGACCACUUAGCAUCAUGAAUUUGGCAUGUCUUACAUUUCCCGUUGUAGUGUUGACCAUUUUAAAGCUGUAAGUAUAUUUUAGUUUUGCUGUAUAGAGAAGAACCUGAGGCACAAUCCUGGUUAACAGCUCACUGACAGAGCCAAGAACACCAAAGUCUCCUGACUUCUUGCUUAUUAGGUCAUCCCUUCACCAUGCUGUCUCCCUGCACGGUUCCUCCUAACAGCUGAUGCAAAAAAAAACAAUGUUAAUCACUGUCUAACAGCAGUAAGAAGAGUAAUUUGCCUUGAAGUCAUUUUUCCCCUUAUUAAUACAAGAGAUAAUUAUUUUGUCAUUACAGUAGCUUAA